GCGAACAAGAUUUCCCCCCUCUUGUUCUGCCCACUGGGGCAAUAAAGCAGGUCCAAAGAUCGCAUGGCACUGGCUGCACACAAAAGGCGAGACAAGAGUGCUCAGUUGUCCAGUUUCACUGAUCACCUCUACACACAAUCACAAACCUGCUACGCUGGCUGAACGGACAAAACCACAAAAGAUGAAGGGCAUUCUUAAAGAUAAAACCCUGAAGAUGAAUCCUCUGACCAACGUUGAAGUGCAGAGUCACUCAAUAGGAGCGGUGCGGUGGACACUUCCAGAGGAAUCGGUGCAGGUUCACAGCUCAGCUCCCAGUGGCCAGUUCAAAAACAGCAUUACACGUUCCACACGCUCACAGCAAAGACAGCGGCAGCAGUCCUUGAAAGACCUCCGCAGUCUGCAGGAGUGUGUCCAGUUCCUCAACCACUGGAAACUACAGGUGGCACAAGUGUGCAAGAAGGGUGACGAUGCUGGUGAAGGAUGCAGCAAGUGGCCCUCUGAAGCAUCUGAGGAGCCUGAAGAUCCCCGAACUGAGCGCAGCCUGGAGGAGAGCCGCAAACUCAUUCUGCUGUGGGCCGACGAACUCAACAGCGUCGACAUGUUGUCUAAAAAGAGCAAAUGGAUGCAGGAGAGGUUUGAGCAUGGAGAGGUUGAUGAGCAGCAGAAGAAGGAUCAGAGUGAGCUGCUGCAGGAGAGGGUUAUGGAGUGGGCCAGAGAGCUGCAGAGUGUGUCAGAGAGCUGUGGAGUGCUGGGAGACGAGCUGGCGCAGACGCUUCGUCUCCUCGGCCUGAGAAAGAAAAGGCUGGUGACUCUGAUGCCCCUGCUGGAGUUCAUCACCUGGUCUUUACUGAAGGAAGACAGCAAGGAUAUGGUUUCUCAGCUAUGGCUUUCUGCUAAGCAGCGCUCCUGGAAAGCAGGCACACAGCGAUACAUCCCCAACUCAGUAUGGAAAUGGAUCACCAGUGCAGCAGUUGACGUUACCCUUGACCCCAUGACCAACCACCCAUGGCUGCAGCUCUCUGAAGACCAGAAGAAGGUCCAGGAGAGCCUGCAGGAGGCUGACCUGCCGUUCAGCCCUCAGCGCUUUGAUGGCUGGCCGUGUGUCCUGGGCUGGGAGGGCUACAUGGGUGGGCGCCACUACUGGGAGGUGGAUAUAGCAAACAACGGCUACUGGAGAGUGGGGGUCACCACUGCUUCUGCCAAGAGGCAAGGGCGCAUUCCCAUGAAGCCCUCCAAAGGCUACUGGACCCUGUGGCGGAGCACGCGGCAGUUCUACGCCUGCACUGAACCAGAGACGCCCCUGCCGCUCACGCUAGUGCCCAAGAAGCUGGGGAUUUACCUUGACUACGAGGAGGGCCAGAUCUCCUUCUACAACGUGGAGAAUAAAUCUCACAUCUACACCUUCACAGGCCACUUCCGCCAAAAGCUGUACCCUCUUUUCGCCCCACUGGAUGGAAGGACUGUCAUUACCGUAUCAUCUCCUAAAGAUGCUAGUAGUUUGUAAAGGUGUAAAUCAGCCCAAGUCCAAGUUCAGUUCACCACAGUUUCACAAAUUUGCUCUAGAGAACAGGACGAGUGGAGCACAUCAUAUGUAUAAGCUGUGCUGUUCAAUGCAGUAGCAGCAUUACUUAAUAUAUUUAAUAUAUAUGUAAAAAAAAGUAUUUGCCUAAUUUUGAAGAGGCACAUAAAUAUUUUGGAAUCAGAAUAUCGUUACUGUCAUAUUAAAACUUGGUAAUCUCAUAACGAACCACAAGGAAUGGGCUAACAUUACUUUCAAUAAUAUCUCAACAAAUUAACA